AUGGCCACUCUAUACCCGCAUGCUGGACAGCCGUUACCGCAGUGGCCAUUAAAAAUCACCAUCAACACUCUUCUCUCGAUAUACAAUGUUGUCUUCAAGACCUUGCUUGCGUUUGUGGUUGCGUCGUGUAUUGGUCAGCUGCAGUGGACGUGGUUUUCCUCGCGCCGAUCUCUGCACGAUGUCGUCCUUUACAACCAGGCGGCCCAAGGCGCAUGGGGCUCGGCGCGCUUGCUUUUGAGCCAUCACAUUGAGAAUCCACUGGCCGCGUUGGGAUGCAUCAUACUAAUCCUGUCCGUUGCCCUCGAUCCCUUUACGCAGCAGCUUGCCCGGCCCAAGGACUGCGAAGUCAUUGAGCCAAGCCAGGCUAGACUGCCUCGCGCCAAUGUCUUUUCCGAUACUAGCGAGGAUGACACUUUUGGCCAGGAUAUCGACGACACGAUGAAGCGAGGUAUUCUGGGGUCCAACAAUGGUCUGUGGGUCAAUUGCCCGACCGGGAACUGCACCUUUUCCGAGACCUUUGGGACAGUGGGCUAUUGCAGUUACUGCGAGGACUCUUCGGAUCAGCUCACCUUCAAUACCUCGUGCUCGGCCACAGAUGGACUUGUCAGCAAUGAAACAGCUAGCGAAAUCAUUCCAGCGACUCCCGAUGAUUGCCCGACCAAUACGACAUUCAACCUGAUAUCCAGUCUCCCAGAGGAAUGGUAUCUCGAGUCAUAUUAUCGUAACCCACCAGGCCCGGUGUCGCUCAACGUGACAUACUCGCUGGGUGCAGAUUGGUUCUAUGGGCGUAACGGAGUCGAGGUCGCGGCAAUGGAUAUCAUGUAUAAUGACACGGAAAACACGCAUCCCGAACAAAUGAUGGUGCAAGUAAUUGCUGGCAAGACGACAUCCUCGGACGAACACCGCGACUUGGCUACUGGAAAGAAGAAGACCGACUGUAGCAGUAUUAAUCCCCCCGACAACUGGCGAUGUGGGCAGACUGGGGCCGCGACUUGCUCCUUGUCGCCAUGUGUGCGCUUGUACAAUGCGACCGUCAGCAAUGGCCAAUUGACGGAGCGCCUCGUGGAUCAAUCGGGUAGUGUGUUCUGGGGAUCAACAGAUGGCAACUCUGGGCUCGCUAUAUUGGAUACAGAAUGUGUCACGAAUCAAGAGAAAACCGAUUUGCAAAACCAGGGAGUCGUUUUCAACUCGACGGGACGAUGGCUUCCCUUGAAUGCCAGGCCCGAGUGGACUUCAUUGUCAGACAGUUUCACUACGGCCAUGAACUUGACCGAGAGAUUAUUCCACCGCCAGUGUCUGUAUUACAUGGGGACGGGAUUUGUCAAGAGUAUGGCGCCUUUUGUGAUUGGUUCCUACUUUACUGGAACCCUGGCCGGCGUCGGCGGCAAAGGCGGCGGCAUCGACUCCUUUGCCAUCUCGCAGUUCAAGGGAGACUACAUCAUUGACGGUCUGUACAAUUCGGGACGGGUCGACAUGGCAAGUAUCGAAGGUGCCAUGGCCAACAUAUCGGAAUCACUAACGCAAUACCUGCGCACGCACGGCGACGGUAACUACUCGGCGGAUGCCCUCGGCCAGGUCAGGCACUACGCCACGUGCAUCGAAGUACAGUGGGAAUGGCUCGCUCUGCCUGGUCUCUUGGCGCUUCUUACCCUGGUGCUCCUCUUGUUUGUCAUCAUUACCGCAGACGUCAGCAGGCAGCCCAUCUGGAAGGGGUCACCUCUAGUGUGGAUUCUACGGGGAUAUAAUGAGGAGAGGGUGGAUGGAGGGCGAUGGAAUAAUGAAACGGUCAACACACUUGUAGAAAUGGAGGAUAGAUCAAAAAAGACGAUAGUAUCCAUCACAUAG